AUGAACUCAACUGGGGAUGCCGCAGCUACGGACAUGACUGACAUGCAAGAUGCAUUGGUAUCACCGGUUGAGCCCACGAAUGCCGAAGAAUACGAAUUUGAUGAAUCAAAAGAUGCCGAAGGAUCCAUUGACGGUAUGGCUUUUUUAACCGCAGAUCCGCACAAGGCCGGCUAUACGGGGCCCCAGUCAGGGAUAGCAGCUCUCAAGUUUCUCCGGUCUCUCCCACCUUAUUUGCCGAUAUCUCGUUCCUCUCCCUUGACGGCAUCGGAGGAUCAAAACGUGCCAGAGGCACAUUCGUUUCCAGUUUCGGAAAUACGACGCUAUAUCGAUGAUUAUUUCUCCUUGUACCAUCCAGCAUACCCCAUUUUACAUGAAGGAACGUUUAGAGCUCGCCAUUCAGUUCCCAAACCUAAGGAUGGAUCGUGGCCGUUGCUAUACAACUCUGUUCUUGCCAUCGGAGCUUUUGUAGGAGGGCCCAAUACGGCUGAGAACGAUUUACCAUUUUUUAACGAGAUCCGCAAACACCUUAGUAUGGAUAUACUAGAGAAGGGCUCUUUGGGAUACGUUCAAGCAAUAACUCUGAUCGCCAACUAUCUUCAAAAACGCAAUAAACCAAACGCCGGAUUCAUUCUAAUAGGAAUUUCGUUCAGCAUGGCUCUUUCCAUCGGGCUACACCGAGAAUUCGACACCCAUAGCGCUCACAACGUACAAAAUACAACCCCGUUCCUAAUGGAGAUUCGUCGUCGGGUUUGGUGGACACUGUUUGUCUUUAUGUCAGGAGCGCAACUUGCUCUAGGUCGACCUUCUGCGUCUCUGGUUGGCGUCAACGUCCACCUUCCAGCCAACUUGGACGACAUGAAUUUAGCUGUUGACAUGGAGGACUUGCCUCCUGAGUCACUGGAGCCCACCGCAGCGUCUUGCCUCAUUGAGCAGAUCAAGCUAGCUAAGGUGGCAAACGCAAUCCACGAUGAGCUUCUCACACAUCGGCGCCCCAGCUAUGCGACGGCUAUGAACCUGGAACACGAUAUACGUCAAUGGUGUAGAAGCCUACCAUGGUAUUUGGAUGAAAAUCACGCUCUAGAGCCUCGGUUAGAAUUUCCAAAGCGAGUUCUUCUUUGGAGAUCAUCUAACUUGCGGAUUGUUCUGAACCGACCUUUUCUUUUCGAGAAUAUCGCGUCUGGGGCACCUCUUGACGACUCUUUCCAGCCUAUACGCUCUUGUCUGGAGGCAGCCAAUGAGUGUAUCCGUUCAAUAUCGGGGUUUGUAAAUUCCAUGCAGACAACCCGAAGGGGGUUUGCUUGGUAUACAACUGCCUGGUUGAUAACUGCCGGUUUCGUGCAAGCUACGUGUCUCAUUUACAGUCCAAGCCAUAAACUUUCUCCAGGCUGGAAGAAUUCUCUACUACAGACAGUAGAUUGCUUACAAUUACUCGGUUCCUCGCUGGACAUUGCCCUACGUGCUCGCGAAGUUCUUCAGAACGUAUUAGGAUUCGUCUUUGAGGACGACCUUCAAUCCCAUCUCAGGAACACGAUCGGGCCCUGA